UAAUCUAUUAUUACCUAGUUAGACUAGAGUGUCCGUGACAUACAUCCAUGGGGAUCCGGUUAUAGUUAUUCUAUUAACCAUGUGAAAGUGCCCAGGGACACCCCAAAUGUCAAAUAAGGGGCCAGAUAUCCCUAUCCUUGCCCAGGGAGGGAGAAAUAUCCCUCUAACUGGGCGAGGUUCCUUUAUCAGGGGAGGCGGAGUUUGAUACCGCAUCACCUGAUUCAGGAAUGUCUUCAUUUGGAAUCGAAUUUAAGCUGUUUAAAUCAGCUCUGACUUCUGUCCGUGUUCUAGAAGGGAUUGGGGCUGGAGUGCAAUGUGUGAGGUGGUGCCAAGGUGCGCCUGAUUUACCUUUGACCUGGACUGAGUGUGAAGUAACCUCCCUCACUUCGUACUGUCCAGUCCACCUGGGUUCUAGCCACUUUCUCUUGUGGACAUUAACCCCACCCAGUCACCAAUUUUUACCUUCCGUGUGCCAGAUCUCCCUUCUGCUUCCCCGUUGGACCUUGUGAAUCUGUGUGGAGAGAGCUGCAGAAAGUUCCGUCAAUUAUCAAACAUUACAAUUUGUUGUACAUCAAGGGCGGGCAUAUGACCUCCCUUCCUUGGUGAACCCAGCAUGACUCCUCCAGCCAUUGUCUCAUGAGGAGAGAGAUGGGUGCCUGCACCUGGAGAGGCUAUCAUGGCCAGCAACGCCAGGGGCAGGACUUUAACCCAAAUCAACUUCAAACCUGCACAUACAUUUGAUUGGCGCGUUCCACGAGACUUAUGAGAUUGUGGCCUGUACACUAACCCCAUCAUUAAACCACAUCCAUUAAUCAGUUGACAUUUACACAUCCGACCCUAUUGGUACAUGGAGCGUUUGUCAUUAAACAACACACAUGAGUUCGGUUUGCAGCCACUUAAUGACCUAUUUUGCAUCCUCCCCUGCUGUUGGUAUUGCCUCAACCCAUUUAGAGAACCUGUCUACCAUAACUAACAGGUACCUUUUUCCAUUUGUCACAUUGUCUUUCCCCAUAUCUGUGUGUGUUGGUGAGUGGUUCGUUCCCCAGGUCAGGUCUCCGUUUCAGUUCCUGUGCAGCUCUUUCUGCACAGGAGUGGGGUAUACCUUCAGCAUUGAGUGCGUCUGCCAUGUUUUUGUCAGUGUUGACAAAUGUGAUGUGUGAUUGUGUGCAUUUAUUCUGGAUUUUCGUUUUCCUUUCAGCGCUGAACGUGAAUUCUUUGCUCAUCAGAUAUGCUGCAACCCCAUGGUGGGUGUGGAUUUCCAAUGGAUGGCACAUUAUCAUGUGGGCUGUUUUUCCAAUAGCUUUUGCCACUGCAGCCACAUACCUGGAGCAUGUGGUUUGUCCUGCUUCAAUGUGGUCCAGUUUGGAGGAGUGAUACCUCAACACUCUUCUCUCCCCCUCUAGGUUCUGGAAAAGGAUGGAUGAUGUAAAUCCUUCUUUUUCAGAAACAUCCAGAUGGAACUUGUUUUUUUUAGUCAGGUGCUGUUAGGGCUACUGCCACUUAGAGAUCUGUUUUCAAGAGUGCACAAGCCUUUGAUGCUUCAGUAGUCCAGGUCAAUGAUGAGUGUAGGUUAGUGGUGAGCAGCUUCAGGGCCAUGGGGCAUAUUCGUCAGCCAUGCCCUGAAAAGGGGGAGGUGAUUGCUGAUUCGGGUCUGGAUUGGGGUGAUUGUAUGCGGGUUGAAGGGCCGCACGUGGUUGAUACAUCAUUGGCCUGACUCCCCCUUGGUCUAGGGGCGUAUCCUCGUCCCCUUUUGGCCAGAAACUGGCUUUGGGCCGGGGUUAUUGGGUGCGGACACUGUCGCACCAUAUGCCCAGCUUGUUUACAAUUAUAACAGCUUCCAUAAGAUCCAGAGUACCUCUGGGGCUGUCCCCAUGUGGGUGAAUAGUUUGAUUGUGGUAGUGGGUAGUAGGGUUGUAGUGGUGGUUCCGACGAAGGGUAUGGCUGAAGCGGGUAGGCAUACGGCAGUUGGAAUGGCUGCUCCUGGGGUGGGUGUAUAGGUGGUCCCUGCUGGGUGAAGAUGGGUAGUUGUUGUUGCUGUAUCAUUCGGGAAACAGUUUUUUUAAUGAUUUGUGAGAUUUCUUGUUGGUCUUCAGCCACCAUCUGUUUCUUGGGUUUCUCUCCUUUCUGGGCCUCUUUCAAUUGUAGUUUCAAAAGUUGUACCUGUAGGGACUGGAUUUGUGUUUCAGCCCCUCCCUUACCCUUAUUGUAUUGGGUAAUGUGGUGAUGCACAUGGGAGUUGAACUGAGCCUGGGGAAUUGCCAUUAACCCCACAGUGCCCCUGAGAUGGGUUGGGGCCGAUGGGGCUGCUGUGGUGGUAGGUGGGCCAUCAUUAUUAUUGGGCCCGCCCUCUUUGGUGUCAGUUGGUGCUCCAGUGACCACUCCCAUCGUAUCAGGUUUCCGGUAAGGGAGAGCUUUCCUAAUUUCCUCAAUUGCCCAUAAACCUAUUCUCAUCUCAGCCUGUGCCUUUUCCCUUUGCUUUGUCCCUUUUUUUUAAAAUAAGUGACUCUUAUUCUUAUCAACUUCACAUUCUAUCCCUUGCUUCACUGCUUCCUCCAAUUCUUUCUCCAUAAUGAGGAGUUGCCCUUUUGAUGGGGCGACUCCACUAAGAAAACCUGUUUGAGUCCAUCUUAGCCUCACUUCCUCCCAAAUCUUUUUAACGGGUUUGUAGUGUAAUUUCCCGCCUGCUCUGUCUUUCAUUCUCUGAUCUAAAUAUUCGUUGAAUUUGUGUUUGGGGACGAUAGUCGUGGUCAUUUUGUCGUUAAGCUAUGUCUGGGUCUAUUAUUAUCUUUGUAUACUUUAGCCCGUUACUGAUCGAAACCAGCGAUGUAUUUUUCUUCCCCUCUCUUCCCCCAGUCUCGUGUCCGACUCGCGUGGACAAAGGAUUUUAUUGCCGUGUAUUUGAUGAAUUAUUUUCGUUUUCCAACAAUAUUUCAGCUAUCUCUUUUUGAAACAAUAUACGAAUGUAUUCAUGCGCUCCUGUUAUAAUUGGAAUGACAGUUUUGGGUAUUUAUAAUAAAAAAUAUUAUUGCUUUUCGCUAAAUUAAUUAAUUAAAUACUUUGGCAAAAUAUUUCAGAAGUUUCCUUUGGGGACAAUAUACUAAUGAAUUCAGGCGCUCCUGAUAUAAUUGGAAUGGCAAUUAUAAGACCUUUAACUCGAGAGAUAUUAUUUCUUUUAACUUUCCCGGUUAAUUUAAACUUUUUCCGAUUAAUUAAAUACUUUGCCAAAACAUUUCAGACUAGUAAUUCACGCGCUUCUAUAAUAAUUUUCAAAUGAAUUCUAUCCCUUAAGGAUUUACCAACAGUAUAUGAGGGGAAAACCAGGUCAACUCAUCAACCGUAAAUGGCUGCUUCACCGUGGCACACAGAUUCUGACUCGGCGGUCACCACUAACGGAGCCUGAACUUAGCUUAUAGCUAAUUAGUAGCAAUAGAUCUCGUGGAACGCUCAAUCACACACAUUAAUUUGGAGAGUUUCAGGUUUAAUACCCUUGCUCCUAUUUCAAGCUUAGAUUUAUCACUGGUGCUCCUAGUUGAAAAAUGUUUCAACUAGUCCCAGAUUACUAAUGCGACUUGAACAGCAUUAAUUUGGAGAGUUUCAGGUUUAAUACCCUUGCUCCUAUUUCAAGCUUAGAUUUAUCACUGGUGCUCCUAGUUGAAAAAUGUUUCAACUAGUCCCAGAUUACUAAUGCGACUUGAAUCCCAAUACGCCAAGCUUAGAUUUCUCACUGAUGCUCCUAGAGGGAUGCCAUUUCCACUAGUCCCAGAUUACUAAUACGACUUGAACAGAUACAUUUGAGUUUCAAGUUUAAUACCAUUACUCCUAUUUCAAGCUUAGGUUUAUCACUGAUGCUCCUAGUUGAAAAAUGUUUCAACUAGUCCCAGAUUACUAAUACGACUUGAACAGAUCACAUUACAUUUCAAAUACAUUUGAGUUUCAAGUUUAAUACCAUUACUCCUAUUUCAAGCUUAGGUUUAUCACUGAUGCUCCUAGUUGAAAAAUGUUUCAACUAGUCCCAGAUUACUAAUGCGACUUGAUUUUAUACUUCGCAAAUAUCUUUACACAUUGCCUUAGAUUCUAAACAAUUCCACAUAAAUUUAGCAACAAUUCACUCACCUCAGUACUUCUGAUCAUUGAAUUUAGAUAUUGGCUAUAAUACAAUAUGCAGAUUUUGAUUAAACCGGCUCUGCUUACCUUAAUAUUUUCGAGCUCUUUGAUCAGUUUCCUGGGUGAGUUGAAUCGCCGACGUCUCCCUCGAGCGGGUCACCUCUCCUUCUUGAAUCUUUCUCCCUCUCGUCUCCUGUCCGAUGAAUUUUCUAUUGGGCCUAAUUCAAAUAUGUUUUGACCAUCCUCUGCUUACCAUGUUUGUUGAUAAUUCGUUUUACUUGAGACAGGAGACCAAGUGGAGACAUAGGACGAGGUGGAUAAUUUUAUAAUAAGGCAGGUUUAUUCAAGUGUAAAAAUAUUAUGCAAAGCGUGCAGCACGGCUCCUUCUAUCGGAUCCGUAUGGGGUCGUCAGGAAAAGAGAGAGUUUCCACAGUCGUACAGUUUUAUAUAUAGACAACAAGCAAAGUAGGUUGAUCUGCAAGUCUGGCCUUCCGAUUGGUCGGUCUGGGUCUUGGGUAGUCCUGUACAGGCCUGGUGUCCACGUUCCAUUGGUUCCUGAGGUAGUUCUUUGUCUGGAGCUCCAACCCUGAGUUGUGUGUGUCUGAGUGAUUGUCAUGGGGGAGGGGAGUUGUGGGAGUCGUGCAUGUGUCCAAUGAGUCCCGCAUAUGUCCAAUAUAAAAGGGAGUGUGUAUAUUGUGUCAACCAUAGCUAAUGUUGAGAAGUUGUUAAAUCAAGUUACCAAUAUCUAAUACAAUUCCUUACAGAGGCCGCUGUGAAAAUAUCUGGGGCAUUUAAAAAAUCGUUAGCAGAGUGUCAGGAAGAACUAUCCCGUUUUAAGGAGGAGAUAGAACGUCUACAAAGGAUGCUAGAUUUGGUUUUGGAACCCGAGAUAAAGUUACAGAGAACAGGUUUGUAACUAGGCAGGGAACUAAUUUACCUACCUCUCUACCUAGCCAUCUAGAUUGGCUAGAAUGCCACACGUUUGUUGUAAAUAUGUAACAUUUAGCCAGCCAAAGCCACUGCUAAACAAAGUUAUGUUGUUAGUUGGCUGUUAAUUAUUAGCUGUUUUGAGGAAUAGAAAUCUUAGCAAAGUUAUCUGAACAAAACUAUGAUUGAAUUUGAAAACACAUUGAAUGUUUUCUUAUAUGCUUUCUACAAGAAGUGGUUCCUCCUGUGCAGAGUAAGCAAGAGGGGAGCCCCAGUUUGGGCCAAGACCCAGAUCCCACACAGAUUAAAAAUGAACAGGACCCUGAGCCAACACAGAUUAAAGAGGAAAACGACCUCAGGACCAGUCCGAAAGAUCACACACAGAUUAAAGAGGAGAAGGAGGAGUUCUGGGUCAGUCAGGGCGGAGACCAACUUCAAGGGCUGGAGUCUGAUAAAAAAUAGUUCAUGUUCAACCCUCCCUAUAUUAAAAGUGACUGUGAUCAGGACCCACCUCAACCCUCACACCUUUACUAAAGACAAAAUGUAAAGAACAGACUGAGUGACUCUCUACCUACCAACACAACUGAGCAGAUGGAAACAGAAGCGAAUGAAGAGAACUACAGUGUCUCUCAGCCCUUCUCUGCAGUAAAUUCAGAGUGCUCUGCUGAUGAGACUAGAACAAGAGAAAAUGCUUGGGUUGAGAAGGGAGAAACAUCGUCAGGGUUAAAGCGGAGUUGUGAAGGCAAAAAUAUUGUUGCCAUGUCUGUGGCAAAUGCUUCGCACACAAUACUAAUCUGAGAAUCCAUAUGACUGUUCACACAGGGGAAAAGCCAUAUAAGUGCAAAGACUGUGACAAAUGCUACAGUGCAAAGGCAGACCUGGUAAGGCAUAUGAGGAAUCAUCAUUAUUGGCCAGGGCAUGUUCUAGGAGGACAUUUUAAUCAGGAAACCCAUCAUACUGUGACAAACAAAGAUGCUUUAUUAAUGUGUGAUGACAAGGAGUUGCUGGGAAGAUACAGGCUUGAUCAGGCAGGAAUUAAGUUUGUAUUGGAGUUAGCAGAGACUCUCUCACUUCGUCAAAACAUCAAUGUCAAGCCAUUUCUCCUGAAGUUAAAUUACUAAUAACCCUGGGUUACUUGGCCACAGGCAAGAUGCUACCGUGCAGUAGUGAUGAUUUGGGACUGUCAAGCGGUUCUAUAGCUCAUGUCAGAAUGGUGAUAACACAAACUAUCAAUGCCCUCUCAGAUCCUCAACUAGUAGGCCAGUUCGUUGCCUUCCCACAAGAUGCCUGCCAGCUCCAACACAACCAAGCUAGGUUUAAGGCAAUAGCUGGCUUCCCCAGUGUUGCUGGAGUCAUUGGCACAACUUUUAGAAGCAGCUCAGUAUUAAGUACAACAUACAACAAGGAGUUCAAGAAUUUCCCUGGAGACCCAAUUAUUUUAAUCGACACCCAUGUGGUGUUCGAUGCACACUGCAAGGUUCUCUAUGUUGUGCAGAAGAGUGUGGAACAGGAGAUACUGAGUGAGGGUGGCCUCAAACAGAUUGAGGGGCUUCUUGCGCUUGCUGGAUAUCACAUGCUGGGGAUACCCCUGUGGAUAAUUUACCCCUGACAGUGGAUACCCCUGCAGACAAUGGCUGCUCACACCUUACCUCCAUCCACUGUCUGGCCCACAGUUGAACUACAACAGGGCACUUAAGAAAACGCGAGGUGUAAUGAGGAGGGGCAUCAGCCAAAUGAAGAGGAGAUUUCCCAUCCUGCAAGCAGACAUCCAGUUGAAGCCGGAGAGGGUGAGCAGGAUUAUUAUCAUCUGUGCCAUCCUGCAUAAUAUCUGCCGUGACAGGAAUAUUUCCACUGCCUGAGGGGGAAGAUGAUGAUGAUGACGAUGAUGACGAAGCCAAUGAUGUCAAAGUGAAAGACGGAAAGAUGAUGGCUGAAGAGAAUGGGCCAGUAGAGAGCCUGCCCCCAAGUGAUCUUCACUACAGACUACUUUACUGACCUACAUUUCAAGUAGGCUGUAGAACAGACCCUGAAUGUGUGGCUAUCACAAGUACUGUACAUGAGUUAGCUACAAUCGAUAUGGAAAUAUGUGUUUAUCAAUCAGUUAGUUAAACUGUCACAAGGGUUAUUGUUGAUUUUAAGAAUAAAUCGUUAACCCUGUUACAGGCACUUUUAUAGUCAUUUUUCUUAAUUUAACAGCUUGAGAUGGGGAAAACAUGUUUGUUACAAAGUUGAACAUGUGCUCUUUAUGGCAAUGCUACAAUUAGCUGAAAUGUAUAGUUAUUUUUUACAAAAUUACACUUGACCAGAAGGCACGCCAUUUGUGGAAUGGCUCACAUUUUUUUGGUCCGGCUCAGAAGAUGAACUUAUUUCCUUCCACCAAUACCUUAACAGCAUUAACCCUAACAUCAAACUAACUAUGGAAUACAGCAAGGAUAACAUUCAUUUUUUGGACCUCGACAUUAGUAAAAAUGACAAAGGUUGUUUGCACACAUCAAUCUUUAGGAAGCCUACAGAUGGAAAUACCAUUCUGAGAGCAGACAGCUUUCACCCCAAAAGGCUAAAAGAAAAUAUUCCAUAUGGCCAAUUCCAAAGAGUCCGCAGAAUUUGCGAUCAGGAAACAGACUACAGUGUCAAAUCUGCUGAAUUGGAGAAUCGCUUUUUGGAUCGGGGCUACAGCGUUCAGGUCCUGAAAGAUGCAGGUAUAAGGGCUGGAUUACUUGACAGAGGGAACUUGUUACGAAGAGGAGUGCCUCGUGAUACAUCAAAGAGAGUGUAUUUUGUUACAAAAUACAGCACUGAAGCAGAGAACAUUAAAAGAAUCAUUAAAAACAAUUGGGGAAUCAUCCAAAGUGAUACGCUACUACGCCAAAUCUUUCCUGAACCACCAGUCAUAAGCUUUAAGAGAUGUCCUACCCUAAAUGACAAAUUAGUCCACAGUUAUCUUCCGGGUGACUCUCAAAAAACUUGGCUUGACCACAAACCCAAGGGCUCUUUUAAAUGUAACCAGUGCAACCAUUGCAGUAAUAUUGUACAGAAAAAGUAUUUCGUUGACACAGCUUCUAAAAUGGAAUAUUACCUCAAGCAUUUUAUUAACUGCAAAACCACUCAUGUCAUCUAUAGAUUAGAAUGUCCACAGUGCAAGGUGUUCUACAUUGGACGGACAAAGAGACGCCUUCAAGAUCGCUUGGCGGAACACAAGUACGCCAUACGGGUAGGCAAUGAAGACUACCCCAUGGCUAGGCACUACAAGUCCUUACACCAUGGCAAUCCUGCCUCCCUACAAGCUAUGGGUAUUGAUCAUGUUCCAGCCUCUAUUAGAAAAGGGGACCGUCUCAAACAGUUAAACCAAAGGGAAAGUUUUUGGAUUUACAAACUACAGGCCACUAAGUACCCUGGUUUAAAUGAAGAUAUGGAUUUCUCACCCUUCCUGUAGGGUUGUGAUGGGUCCAUGUUGCUGUCAUCUAGUGGACAUUUUGCUCUAUUGCCCUCAGCUAUGUUUGGACUGUUGUUCAUGUUUUGCUGUGUUCUAGUAUACUGUGGAAUAUAUUGCUUUCUUGUUCUGGACACUUCUCCCAGUCAUAUUUAAGGUUAGAACUGCCUCUCUGGGUGUUCUGAUGCUUCUAGCUUGGAGUUGUAUGCUCAUGAUAACAUAGCUACAGUAUUUCACCUUUUCAUGUGUAUGUUAUUGCUUACUAGGUGUGUCCAAUUUUGUAACCACUCCCUCUUCUAAUUAGGGCUAAUUGGAAAAGCCUUUCAAAAGAGGACAUUGUGUACUUCUUUUUCUAUACUCCCUGACGAAGGCCAUGCAGCCGAAACGCGUCGGUUUUUAAACAACUUUGUUUCUAUUGAACAUGCCAUACUAAUAAAGGCAUUUUAAUUAAUUAUA